AUGACUCAAAUUGGCUGGUAUGGCCUUGGGUCUAUGGGUCUCGCCAUGGCUAGCAACCUGCAGCGACACCUCGCGGCGAAAAAGGCUCUCAGCUUGCUCUACUCAAACCGCACUAUGUCGCGCGGUGUACCACUUCAAGCCCUUGGCGGGGCCCCUGAAGCAAGCUUCGAGACGCUGGUUUCUCGCUGUGGCAUUAUCUUCACCAUGGUUUCGAAUGACUCAGUCCUCCAGAGUCUGAUCUCUUCUGCUGUUGGGUCCGGUCUCUCCUUAAAAGAUAAGAUCUUUGUAGACUGUUCGACUGUCCAUCCUGAGACGGUGAGCUCGGCCGUAGCCCAGCUGAAGACCAAGGAUGCUUCGUACAUCGCAGCCCCUGUCUUUGGUGGCAACCCAAUUGCCGUGGAUGGAAAGUUGGUAUUUGCUAUUGCUGGUCCGAGAAGCGCGACCGAGGCCGUUAAACCACUGAUCCAAGACGUAAUGGGACGAAAGGUCAUCGAAUGCGGUGAGGAUGCUACCAAAUCUUCACUGUUGAAGAUUGCUGGAAAUAUUGUCACAAUUAACAUGAUGGAAGCCGUUGGCGAGGCUCAAGUUUUCGCUGAGAAGACUGGCCUCGGGACUGGCCCCAUGGAGGAGCUGAUUGGUGAAGCUUUUGGUCCUGUCGCCGGAGGCUAUUCUAAGAGAUUGACUACUGGUGCAUACGCACCGCCUCUAGAUUCGCGUCCUGGCUUCGGUGUUUCUCUGGCUAUUAAAGACGCCAGACAUGCGAUGACUAUGGCCGAAGAGCAAGGCGUCAAGCUUCCAGCUCUCGAGCUAGCUCGUAAGAACAUGGAGACCGCUCGAGAUCAUGCAGGUGAGUGUCUUGACAGUAGCGCAAUGUACGGGACGCUGCGCCAGCAGGCGGGCCUGGCAUUUUGGAACGAGAAAAGCCGUAAGGAGUAG